AUGGACAACAACAACCCAGCAAUGACCUCCCCAGCCACACAGCGGCUUCGAUCGUCCACCUCACGUCCAGAUCAAACAGACCCAUCCGGACAAGACGCCCAACCAUCGACUCAAAAUGCCCCCAAAUCCAAAAACGACACAGGCUGGCGCCGCAUCAUCCGCAACUUCUCCCCCUCCUGGUUCUCCGUGACAAUGGGCACAGGCAUCGUCUCGACAAUCUUCAUCACGAUCCCCUGGAAAGCCGACUGGCUGUACUACCUCUCGAUAAUCUUCUUCGUGCUCAAUGUCGUGCUGUUCUUUUCCGCGCUGGGCGUUUCGAUUUUGAGGUAUACGCUCUGGCCGGAGAUUUGGGGGGUUAUGAUCAGGGAUCCGGUCAAUUCGUUGUUUUUGGGGACGGUGCCGAUGGGAUUUGCGACGAUUGUUGAGAUGUGGGUGUUCGUCUGUGUGCCCGCCUGGGGCCCAUGGGCGGCUUACUUCGCCUUCGCGCUCUGGGUCCUCGACGCCAUCGUCGCCGUGUCCGUGACGCUCUCCCUAGGAAUCCUUUUAAUGUCCGCCUCCCACCAACGCUCCCUCGACACCAUAACUGCCGCCCAACUCCUCCCCAUAGCCGCCACAAUCGUCGCCGCCGGCACCGGCGCCGAAACCGCCUCCAUCCUCCCGCAGCACACCCCCCAACUCGCCCUCGGCACCCUCAUAGCCUCCUACGCAAUGUGGGGCAUGGGCGUCCCCUACGCCCUCUCCGUCCUAGUAAUCUACUACCAACGCCUCGCGCUCCACAAACUCCCGCCCCGCGAAGUCAUCGUGAGCUGCUUCCUGCCGCUCGGCCCCUUAGGUUUCGGGGGGUACACCAUCCUCUACCUCGGGAAGGUCGCGAACCAGGUCUUCCCGCUGACGCACUCGAUCGACCCUCUCGCCGGCCGCAUCGCGUAUGUUAUGGGCUUCUUCGUCGCCCUCGUCAUGUGGGGGUAUGGACUCGUGUGGUUCGCGCUCGCGCUGGCGAGUAUUUUCAAAGCGCGGCCGAAGUGGAAUAAUAUGGGGAUCUGGGGGUUUACGUUUCCUUUGGGGGUGUAUAGUGUCAGUACGAUUUUGAUCGGGGAGGAGUUGCCAUCCCUUUUCUUUAGGGUUCUUGGGACGAUUUUCGCGACGGCGGUGGUGUUGUUGUGGGUUUUUAUUUUUGCGUGUACGGCGCAGGGGGCUUGGUCGGGGAAGUUGUUUCAUGCGCCUUGUUUGGCGAAUUUGAAGAGGGAGGAUUUGGUGCAGGAUGCUGUGGAAGAGGAGAAGAGGGUCGAGAGCGCGAGUGAGAGUGAGAGGGAACGAUGA